AACAUACAAUAUGGAGUAGAAAGAAUAGUCGAAUGCGGUUUCACUCAAAAACAUAACAUUUAUCAGUUGGAUAGCGAUUCGUAUAAUAUUUUUUAUCUCGAUUUCGGUUACACGUAAACAAUGAUGUGUUUAAUGAAAUAGACGAUGAAGUAACAAUUCGCGUUUACUAUAAACUGUGUCGCAAACUACAGUUAAUAUUACAACAUUGCAGGAUAAGCUACGGGUUUGGCUCACUUAGCUGGCGUUGGCAGUUAGAACUCGUACCAUAGUUUAGUGAAACCCAACAAGUAUUCCAGUUUUACUCGACAGGGUUUUUAGGUGAAAGGUUAAAAACAUCGCUCUUAGUAUUUUGCCGUUUAAUCGUGUAGCCUAUCAUACUGUCGUGCUACCUUUGGCAUAAUUGUGACUGAAGAAGUGGAUAUCCUCCAACAGUGAAUUUGCUUAAGAAAAUGCGCAAUGUGGCGAGUGCUUCAGUGACUGUGGGCUCCCUGGGUCUCAUGCGCCUCCUCGGGGUUCCCUGGUCCUGGAGCCUGGCAGCCAGCUUCGGAGUCUACCUGGGCAUAGGUGGAUGGAAGUACUUCUACAUUGCAAUACGCACAGCCAAAAGAGACCUCAACGGCCUCUACGUGCUCAUGCAAGUGAAGUUGGCUCUGUGGCGGCACCUGCGUCGUCGAAGCAACAUCCCCUCCAUCUUUGCCGAGACAGUGAAGCUCCACCCUGAUAAACCAGCCCUGGUGUAUGAGGCCACAGGGGAGACAUGGACCUUCACCCAGUUGGACCAGUUGUCCAACUCUGUGGCCCAGUGGGCACUGGCCCAGGGCUGGGUGUCUGGGGAUGUGGUCGCCCUAUUCAUGGAGAGCCGGCCACUGCAGGUGGCCCUGUGGCUGGGUCUGGCCAAGGUCGGGGUGGAGGCAGCUCUGAUCAACUUCAACCUGCGCCUGGACUCCCUCGUGCACUGUGUCGGCGUGUCCGCAUCACGCGGGAUUGUCUUUGGAGCAGAACUUGCUGACGCUAUGCUGGAGGUGAAUUCUUCCCUGAACCAGUCCAUGGUACGAUUCUGCACAGGAGAGCUCAGUCCAGACCGCCUGGCCUCUUUAGGAGCCCAGCCUCUGGACCCCAUCUUAGCAUCAGCAUCGAGACAGCCACCUCCCCCCUGUUACCCUCUGAAAGGCUUCAAUGAUCGCUUGUUCUAUAUAUACACCUCUGGGACUACUGGCCUCCCCAAAGCUGCCAUUGUGGUACACAGCCGGUAUUACCGUAUUGCUGCUUUCGGAUACUAUGCCUUCCGCAUGCGCGCUGACGACGUCAUCUACGACUGCCUCCCCCUCUACCACUCAGCAGGUAACAUCAUGGGAGUAGGGCAGUGUCUCAUCAAUGGACUCACUGUGGUGGUGAAGAAAAAAUUCUCUGCCAGUCGUUUCUGGGAAGAUUGCAUCAAGUACAACUGCACUGUGGUGCAGUACAUAGGUGAGAUCUGUCGAUACCUGCUGUCCCAGCCCGUGCGUCCUUCCGAGAAGGGCCACCGGGUCCGUCUGGCGGUGGGGAACGGCCUCCGCCCCAGCGUGUGGGAAGCUUUCACGGAGCGCUUUGGCGUCGCCCAGGUCGGGGAGUUCUACGGAGCCACCGAAUGCAACUGUAGCAUUGCCAACAUGGAUGGCAAGGUGGGAGCGUGUGGGUUCAACAGCCGCAUCCUGCCCAACGUGUAUCCUAUCCGCCUGGUGAAGGUGGAAGAGGAGACCAUGGAGCUGGUGAGAGACACCCAGGGGCUCUGUGUGCCCUGUCUCCCUGGCGAGCCAGGGCUGCUGGUGGGCCGGAUCAACCAGCAGGACCCGCUGCGGCGCUUCGACGGCUACGCCAGCCAAGACGCCACCAGGAAGAAGAUUGCGCACAGUGUCUUUAAAAAGAACGAUUCGGCAUAUCUAUCAGGCGAUGUCCUUGUGAUGGACGAGCUGGGAUACAUGUACUUCCGGGACCGCAGCGGGGACACGUUCCGUUGGCGGGGGGAGAACGUCUCCACCACGGAGGUGGAGGGCACUCUGAGCACCCUGCUGGGCCAGGCAGACGUGGCAGUGUACGGGGUGACAGUGCCAGGUGUGGAGGGCAAGGCAGGGAUGGCAGCUGUUGCGGACACGACAGGGACUUUUGACUGCGCGGCUUUCCUGCAAGGGGUUCAACAGACACUGCCCCCUUACGCUCGUCCUGUGUUCCUGCGAAUCUCACCACAAGUCGACACGACAGGUACAUUUAAGAUCCAGAAGACUCGGCUGCAGAGGGAAGGAUACGACCCGCGCUUCUCAACUGACCAGAUCUACUUUCUAAACUCCAGGGCAGGGCAUUAUGAGGCUGUGACUGAGGCUCUGUAUAGCGCCAUAGUGGAGGGCAGGAUGUUUCUAUGAAACUGAGCGGAGAGGCACUGUGAAGAGGGCCUCAACGGAACACGUACUGUAGAAAGAGGAGGCAGAGUGAUGAGAUGAGCUAUCCAUCCCAUUCGCCCUACACCAGCUACCUAGAUCUCAAAACCCUUCAGGGCCUCAUAGAUGGAAUGGCUACUGAUUAAUCAAUAGUCUCCAUCGAGUACUGUUACAAUUGUUUUAACACUGUAUGAAUAAUACCCCAGUUCUCACAAGAGGGAGUUUUACCUUUAUACUUUAUUUUUUAAAUUCCUCAGUUAGCCAAAUGAACACCGCUAAGCCUUUGAGCUACAAUGCACUUAAAGUUUGGAUUCUGUGGGUCUUACUUGAAGCGGUUAUGCUGUUAGAAGGAGCAGAUCUGCUGAUUAGAAGGCGAGCAAAAGGCAAAGCAUGAGGCACCUUAGUUACAGAUUCUUCAUGAACAGAAAUGCCUCCG